AUCUUCAUCUCUUCACUGUCAACAACCACCUCGACAACGGCGACGACGACAAUAACGACGAUGACUGCAGUGCCUACUCCAGGAUACGGCUUCACCGCCGUCCCGCUCGACUUGGCAGCGCCUUCCCACGACCUCUUCCCUCAUCAUUCUCCCUCCACUGCACACCAGCUCAUCGCUACCGCCCAUGCGCUGGUUCACCCCCGUGGAAGGGGCAUCUACGCGACCGACGAGACGCCGGAUGGCAUCCACGCCCGUCUCGCUGCUUCUGCCGCUCCAGGGCAGCUCAAGACCUUCACCGACGAGGAGCAGACAGCGCGUCGCAAGGCCUGGCGCGAGACGCUCUACUCUUCUCUCAACCCGCAGCAUAUCAGCGGUGUCAUCCUCUACGCCGAGACGCUCCUGCAGUUCCAGCUCGCCCCCGUCCUCAUCCAGCGCGGUAUCAUCCCCGGCGUGCGUGCAGAUACUGACGGCUACCCCCUCCCCGGCUCCCCGCACGGUUCGGGCGAAGUAGGCACUCAGGGCCUGGACGACCUGUACGACCGCUGCGUCGCCUGGCGCGAGGCAGGUGCUCGAUUCACCAAAUGGCGUGCGCCUUUCCUCGUCAACGAGGCCGGUACGCUCCCCAGCCCGGCAGCUAUCGAGGCUCAGGCUGGCGCGCUUGCUCGUUUUGCCUCUAUCUCCCAGUCCGCAGGCCUGGUGCCCAUCGUUGAGCCCGAUCUCGACUUCUCGGGCGAUGCAUCUAUCCAGACGUCCGUCGACGCUCAUGUCAAGGUCAUCAGCGCGAUCUACGCCAAGCUGGCUAUCUACGGCGUCCUCCUUGAGGGAACGCUCCUCAAGCCCUCCUUCCCCCAGCCUGGCGCUAAGUUCGCCGGCCCCAAGCCCACCCCUGCAACCAUCGCAGCAGCCACCGUGACCGUCCUGGCGCGCACCGUCCCCCCGGCCGUGGGUGGCAUCGUCUUCCUCUCCGGUGGUCUCUCGGACAGCGACAGCACGCUCUACCUCGACGCAGUCAACAAGAUCGUCUCUGCUGGCCCGGCUAAGGAGCCCGUCGCAGCUACCGCUGCCGAGGCUCUGGCGAACAGCAAGGACGUCGAGGCCGCUGUCUUGCGGACGAUGGCGAGCCGUCUCCCUCCCCUGACGUUCAGCUUCGGUAGAGGGCUGCAAGGGGACGCGAUGAUUAAGUGGGUUGCGGGGGAUAAGGAGGGCGCACAGCAGGCGUUUGCGAAGCGGGCCGAGGAGUGCUCGAAGGCUGCUACGGGCACGCUGCAUUAGACUGCCCCGAGGGCGGAGAGAUAAAUAAUAGAACGC